AUUGGAAAGCAGUUUGUUUUCGAGAUAUAGCCAUGCAGUAAAAUAAUUGCUUUAACAUUCGUUUUAAUAAUUAACAUUGGUUGUCUUCAAGUUUGCAUUGAGGUACACGUGCCUUAAGGACAUUAUCAGUCGUAUACAUUUAAACGGAUUGUUUAAUGUGAAUCAAAUACAUUUUAAUUGAAAAUUUGUGUUUAACCAUGGCAUAUGGAAGUUUGACUCCGAUUCAUAUGUUAAUAUUUCUAAUCGUAUUCUAUUUCUUCAAAAGUGCAAAUGGUCAAUGCGAUGGCACAGGUCCACUUUUAUUGAAUGCGACCGAUUCACCACAAUACUUUACAUCACCUAAUUAUCCAGGCAACUAUCCAGCUAAUGCUGAUUGCUCGUGGCGCAUUCUUGCACCAAGCACGGAUGACAGAAUCAUUAUCAACAUUGAAGAUUAUGAUUCAGAAAGUACAGCAUCAGAUUAUAUGGAUUUGUAUGAUGGCUAUAACGCAUCAGCAACACGUAUAAUCCGGAUGGCUGUUACUAACAGGAAGACUUUAAAUGCUUUUGUUAGCAGUAGUGAUGCUCUAUUCAUCACCUUUGUAUCUGAUUAUAUGAUACAAUAUACUGGUUUCCAAAUACUUUAUUUCACAAACAAAACAGCUAAUCAGCCGGGAUGUGAUGACACACUUACUGUAUCGGAUUCGGAGCAGAUAUUGAUGUCCCCAAAUUUACCAGCCGUAUAUAACGCAUCUCAUUCGUGUUCAUGGACAUUUUCAUCAACUACAGGAAUUUUGUUUCAAAUAAAGUUUCUUGACAUGAGUAAUUGUGGAAACAGUCACUUGAGAUUCUAUGAUGGUAAUUCAACGGCUGGCGCAGAACUUGAUUUAGUUUGUUCCACGGCUCUAGUAUAUGAGUUUACUGACAUAGAAACAAGCGAAUUUACCGGUCAUGUUGUCUGGACAGUUACCACUCCAACAUCUGACUUUUAUGGUUUUAUGUUGAUAUACAGGACUAACGUAGUAACAACAACAACAACGACAACAACAGCGGCUCCAACAACGACCUUGACACCUGGAGUUUUUGACAAUUGUACGGCCUCUGGGGCGUACAUGACUGCAUCUAUAUCACCAAACUUUGACUACAUAUAUUCACCUGAUUACGAAAGUGGGGUGUAUCCAAGUAACAAAUAUUGUAGAUGGUACGUCACGGCACCGGACAACUAUUCAGUCGAAGCAUAUUUUGACAAUGAAACAUACGCUAUUGAAAGCAAUAGCUACUGUCGCUAUGAUUACGUCAUAUUUUACGAUGGUAACUUAACAACGAAUACAAUGUUAGACAAGUUCUGUGGAUUGAUUCGACCAACCUCAGUGUACAGAAGUUCAAGCACUCAAAUGUUAAUAGUGUUUUCCUCAGACUAUGCCAUACAAAAAGCUGGGUUCAGAAUUAGAAUAAAGGCUGUUGACAACACUAUCCUCUUUUUGACUGACCACACAUUUUUUGCACGUACUUAA